AUGCGCUUCCCUGCGCAAACACUACUUCUCCUCUUCUCCCAACUUCUCCUCCUCCUCCCAAGUGCAACAAUAGCAGCAAAAUGCGCUUGCGGCUACACAACCUCCAAAGGCGCCUUCUUCACCGACGCCCUCGAAACCGAUUUCUUUCACGUGCGAGAUCUGGCUCGAGAUACGGAUUCCGCAUGGAUUCCUCAAGCUUAUAAUGUCACACCUGAGAAUGCGAAUGGACCUUAUGGGAAAGCGAGUCAGAUCGAAAAUGUCAUUACGAAUCCUGUGAGAGGUGGGAGAGAUGUCUGGGAUGGGGAGGGGAUGAAUGGGGGAGAUCCGGGAUUGCAGUUGUGGACUCGAAGCGCGCUGAUUCCCUCUCGCGAUGACGACGACCACGACGAUGAGCAUGAGGGCAGAGGAGGAGAUAGUAAGAUGAUGAUCCCCAUGUCCGAAAUCGUCUCCUCUCGAACGGAUAUUCUCUACGGUUCUUUCCGUAUCGCACUCAAGCCUACGAAUAUCAACGGAACUUGUGGGGCGUUCUUCUUCUAUUUCAAUGAUUCUACGGAAAUCGAUAUGGAAUUUCUUUCUCGCCAAACAUCCUCCUUCACAUCUACAUCGACAAACGAAAACAGGAACAACAGCAGCAGCAGCAGCAGUGUAAACUUGGUCAUCCAAUCCCCCCAAUCCGCAAAACAAGGCUACGCUUCCGGUCCAGAUUUCAUCCUCAAAUCUCUCCCCUUUGAUCCUACGAUGGGAUUCAAUGAGUUUCGAUUUGAUUGGUUUCCCUCUCAUGUGGAAUUCUUCGCGAAUAGCGUUCUACUUCAGAGGAUGGAAGCUAAUGUGCCGAGGGGACAACCUGGGGCACUGCAUGUUUCGCAUUGGAGUAAUGGGAAUGAGGGGUGGAGUGGAGGGCCGCCGGAGAGGGAUGCGGUGCUGAUGGUGGGGUAUGUGAAGGCUUAUUUUAAUUCUUCGAGUGGGGAGGAGGGGUGGAGGGAGAGGUGUGAAAAGGCGGACGAGGGGGAGAGGGAGGUUUGUAAGGUGGAGGAUCAGGUUGUGCCGCCGGAUCCGGGUGCUGGGAAUGGGGAGACGGUGUUUCUGACGGAGCAGGGUGGGAGUGGGAGUGGAGGUGGAGGUGAGGAGCCGAAGGAGGGUGGUGCUGGAGGAAAGUCUUUUCCAGAAGCGUGGUGGAAAGCUUUCGUGUUGAGUGUUGUGGUGCUACUACUGGAUGUAGCUGUAUAG